AUGUCAGAAGCGUCUCCUUUAUCGAGGAAAGCAAACGAGAAAGCCGAAAAAAGUGAGAAAUUAGAGAACAUAGCUUCUAAAGGAGAAAAAAAUGAAAACCCCAAUUUUCCAGAGGACGCGAAUGGCGAGGGAUCCGACGUGCUAGGCCCGGUGGAUAAAGCCAAUGUAUCAAGUAAUCCAAGUAUGAUGGAGCAGCCAGAGGGAAAUGCCAAUGUUGGUUAUCAAUGGGACUUUGAGCGUGCUUCAAAGAUGGCAAAGGAUUGCCCGUUGUUGGCCAAUUUAGCUUAUGAAAUGUCAAAGGUUUUCUGCGAUGUAUUCGCAGAGUUUACUUUUCGGAUUGAUGGGCCACAAAAUUACUUUGAAAAAUUUGAUGAUAAGUUUCUUACCAAGGUGCGAGACUUUUCGAAUGACCUAGUAUCAACAUAUGGAUUAGACAUAACAGUUUUCCUUUCAUAUAUCCAAGCAAACGAGCCUUACCAGAAGUUGUUUGAGAUGGCGGAAAUUCAAUUGAGUGAGAUUCAGUUUUUUACCGGGACAAUUGAUCUCUUUGAUGUAAGUAAUAAGCAUUUUGUUUUGAUGGCAAUCGUCAUAGACAGUUUACUCGUGGUUGAUGAAGAUUCCUCAUUUUAUACCGCUGCAUUGCGACUGUUUGAAGAACUAGUGUCACGUUAUUGUUUUUCUAAUACGUUUCCCUACAAAAAGAAUCCCGAGAAGUUUUUAUUCACUUUACUUCCUUACAAAUCCCAGGCUGCCCUAGACAGUGUGGGAAGGUCUGUUUGGAAGAAGCAAAACAUCUUUGAUUAUUUGAAAGGUAUUAUCGAAAAAUGCAUAUCCUCUCCUCCAAAAGAAAUAAACCCAUAUCGGAAAUUCGUGAUCACUGUGUUUGAUUUUCUUACUGACUCCCAAUCUGUAAGACGGUUACACAACACUUCUUUCGGACCGAAGAAAUUAACAGCCUAUCCGGAAAACUAUGACCUUCUCUCUCGUUUACGAAAAAGAGUAUCUAUGUCAAGCAGUCCUCCUGGAAAAGAGCCCGAAAAGCCUUUGCAAAAAAAUACCUUAGAUGCUGGCGAGGAGAAUCAUAUCAAUUCUGAAACAGAAGCGGACAAUCUGCCCGUCUUUCAAUCCCAGGCUGGCGAACAGGUAGAUGAAAAUUCAGAAACGCAACCAAAAGAGGCAGCACCGUCUAACGUAUACGAGGAUACAAUUGAAUCUUCAAGUACCAACAGGAAAAAGAUAAAUGAUACAAAUGUUUCUGAAGUAGAAGUAUUGCAAUCUAUUUCCGAAGAGUUAUCUAUCGCUGUAGCAUCGCUAUCUGAGCAAACCAUCACCUCUGUUCAUAAUCAAGCGUCUUCACUUUUGAAAUUAAUUGAAGAGAGAAUUAAAUCAUUACAGGAGCGUGAAAAAAAUACAACGAAUGAGCAAAGAGCUCCUUCAGUUCAAAAUCGAUUCUCAGUCAAUGUUAACCCUAAUGCCGUAUCCGACGUUUCUAGUGUUGAAGAAGAGGAUGAGGAUUUUCCGCCAAUUCGAAAUUCUUCUUUGAAAGACCAGUCUAAUUCUAAUAGGACAGUUGUAAUGAGAACGUCUACGGAAAAGGCUGAAGGACGCUCUGAAUCACGGCGACAGGAUUCUCCAUACGAAGGUUAUAAGCUCCGCAGGAAGUGGACGGAAGAACAAGAGCGUGAAGUGUUUAAUAUGAUAGAACAAUACGGUUGCAGCUGGUCAAAAAUUGUUUACAUUCAGAGAAUUGAUAACAAGCCUUUAAGUCAUUUCACACCUACUCAUAUUAAAGACAAAGCAAGGCUAAUCAAAGCCCGUUAUAUGAAGCAAAAUCAGCUUCAAAAUCUGUACCAACAUUCACCCAACUGGAAGUAUGUUACAGUCGGACCGGCAUAUUGCGAAAUUCAUAAAAUUCCCUACAGCAAAGAAGCCUCAGCAAUGCAGUGA